CGCUGUAACAAAGUGUGACUUUUUUUAGUUUUUUGUAAGUAUAGUACGAGUUACAAGUUUCCCGUGGUCAUUAGUGAUUAUUGUCAUUUCUUUUUUCAAAAUUUUAUUGGUACCAAAGUUGCUAUUUAUUUUUCUAAUUACAAAAAAAAUAUUUAAGUGUGUCAUUAUAAAAGUUUCGCUUAAAUAACAUGAACAAUUUCGAACUAUACGGGAAGUGUACAUUAAAAUAAUUAUUUGAGGUGCAGUGAAGUGUUUUAAUGGCGUAAAAAUAUAUUACUUAAUUACGAUUUAACUGUAUUUCCUGGAUUUUUUUUCACUUUUGACACUAGCUCUAAGAUAUCGGAGUAAUAAUUAGCAGCGUGGAGAAAUGGUGAUCGUUACUCGGGGCGAUUACAUAUGGAUCGAACCCAUCUCAGGAAGGGAAUUUGAUGUUGCUAUUGGUGCUCGAGUUGUUUCAGCAGAAGGCAGACGUAUUCAAGUAAAAGACGACGAUAAUAAGGAACAAUGGCUAACUCCCGAAAGGCGUAUAAAAGCGAUGCACGCUACAUCAGUCCAAGGUGUAGAAGAUAUGAUCAGUUUGGGCGACCUCCAUGAAGCUGGAAUUUUGAGAAACCUUCUUAUUCGUUACAACGAAAAUCUUAUUUACACAUAUACUGGUUCCAUAUUGGUGGCUGUGAAUCCAUAUCAAAUAUUACCAAUUUACACUGCUGAACAAAUAAAACUUUACAAAGAUCGAAAAAUUGGUGAAUUACCACCACACAUAUUUGCAAUAGGAGAUAACAGUUACGCUCACAUGAAUCGUUACAGUCAGGACCAAUGUAUAGUAAUAAGUGGUGAAAGUGGAGCAGGAAAAACUGAGAGCACAAAAUUAAUUCUGCAGUACUUAGCAGCUAUCAGUGGAAAACACUCAUGGAUAGAGCAACAAAUUUUAGAAGCUAAUCCAAUUUUAGAAGCAUUUGGCAAUGCAAAGACUGUGAGAAAUGACAAUUCAUCUCGAUUUGGAAAAUAUAUAGAUAUUCAUUUUAAUAAUCAAGGAGUAAUAGAGGGUGCAAAAAUAGAGCAGUAUCUCCUAGAAAAAUCCCGAAUAGUUUCUCAAAAUAUGGACGAGAGGAACUAUCACAUUUUUUAUUGCAUGCUAGCUGGACUUUCAAAAGACGAAAAGCAAAAACUGGAACUGGAAGAUGCGUCAUCGUAUAGGUAUUUGGUGGGGGGAGGUAGCAUCACAUGUGAAGGCCGUGACGAUGCUGCAGAAUUUGCAGACAUCAGAUCAGCGAUGAAGGUAUUAUUAUUUACCGAUUCUGAGAUCUGGGAAAUUUUGAAACUACUAUCAGCUUUACUGCAUAUCGGAAAUGUGAAAAGUAGAGCUACUGUUGUAGAUAAUUUGGAUGCAACUGAGAUUCCUGAACAAACGAAUGUAAUAAAAGUAGCUCAGUUACUAGGUGUACCCAUUCAAUCUUUGAUAGAUGCUCUUACGAGGCGAACGAUUUUCGCGCACGGUGAGACAGUGAUAUCGACGCUUUCAAGAGAGCAGUCCGUAGACAUUCGUGAUGCGUUUGUAAAAGGAAUUUACGGACGAUUGUUCAUUCAUAUAGUGAAAAAAAUUAAUGAAGCUAUUUUUAGACCAAAACACACAUCCCGUAGUGCUAUUGGCGUAUUAGACAUUUUUGGCUUUGAGAAUUUCAAUCACAAUAGUUUCGAACAAUUCUGUAUAAACUAUGCGAAUGAGAAUUUGCAGCAAUUCUUUGUUCAACAUAUUUUCAAAUUAGAACAAGAAGAAUAUAAUCACGAAGGAAUAAAUUGGCAGCAUAUUGAAUUUGUAGAUAAUCAAGAUGCUUUAGACUUAAUUGCUGUCAAACAAUUGAACAUAAUGGCAUUAAUAGAUGAGGAAUCAAAAUUUCCCAAGGGAACGGACCAUACAAUGCUGGCGAAAAUUCACAAGACCCACGGAACCCAUAAAAAUUAUCUGAAACCGAAAUCUGAUAUAAAUACAUCCUUUGGUUUAAACCAUUUUGCUGGAGUCGUUUUUUAUGACACAAGAAGUUUUCUGGAAAAAAACAGGGACACUUUCAGUGCAGAUUUAUUACAAUUAAUUCAUAUUUCAUCAAACAAGUUCCUUCAACUUUGCUUUGUUGAAGACAUUGAAAUGGGUUCAGAAACACGAAAAAGAGCUCCUACAUUGUCCACACAAUUUAAAAAGUCUUUAGACUCUUUAAUGAAGACAUUAUCUACCUGUCAGCCAUUUUUUAUUAGAUGUAUUAAACCUAAUGAAUAUAAAAAGCCAAUGAUGUUUGAUCGAGGACUCUGUUGUCGACAACUGAGGUAUUCAGGAAUGAUGGAAACAAUUAGAAUACGUAGAGCGGGAUAUCCUAUUCGGCAUGCUUUUCCAGAAUUUGUUGAAAGAUAUAGAUUUUUAAUUCCUGGAAUACCUCCAGCACACAAGACUGAAUGCCGUGUUGCAACGUAUAAAAUCUGUCAUGCUGUGCUAGGCAGAUCUGAUUAUCAGCUGGGACAUACCAAAGUAUUUUUAAAAGAUGCUCAUGACCUUUUCCUAGAACAGGAACGAGAUCGAGUACUGACUCGGAAAAUAUUAAUUCUGCAACGUAAUAUUCGAGGUUGGGUUUAUAGAAGAAGAUUUCUACGUAUGCGAUCAGCAGCCAUAAUUAUCCAAAAAUUGUGGAGAGGUUACGCUCAAUUACAGAGAUAUAAACUUAUGCGCAUUGGUUACAUGCGUCUUCAAGCUCUAAUUCGAUCAAGAGUUCUUUCACAUAGAUUCAGACAUCUACGUGGUCACAUUGUUGCUUUGCAAGCUCGAGCAAGAGGACACUUGGUUCGUGGAAUGUACAGAAAGAAAAUGUGGGCAAUUGUUAAAAUUCAAGCUCAUGUAAGGAGACUAAUUGCACAAAGAAGGUAUAAAAAAAUCAUGUACGAAUAUCGUCUUCAUGUGGAAGCUCUGAGACUACGGAAAAAGGAGGAAAGAGAAUUAAAAGAUCAAGGAAAUAAAAGAGCAAAAGAAAUUGCAGAACAACACUUUAGGGAAAGACUGCAAGAAUUAGAAAGGAAGGAGAUAGAAAUGGAAAUAGAAGAUAGACGCAGAAUGGAAAUCAAAAAGAAUUUGAUCAACGAUGCUGCCAAAAAGCAGGAUGAACCUGUCGACGACAGUAAAUUAGUAGAAGCUAUGUUCGAUUUCUUACCUGAUUCAAGUAGUGAAGCUCCCACUCCUGGAAGAGAGACGUCAGUUUUUAAUGAUCUUCCAGCACCAAAAAUAGAUCAACAGGAAAUUAUCAGCCCCCUUCAAACUGCUUCUGAAGACGAAGAGGAUCUUUCAGAAUAUAAGUUUCAGAAAUUUGCUGCUACAUAUUUUCAAGGAAAUAUCAAUCAUCAGUAUUCGAGAAAGCCUUUAAAGCAUCCUCUCCUUCCGUUACAUACCCAAGGGGAUCAAUUGGCAGCGCAAGCAUUGUGGAUAACUAUUUUAAGAUUUACUGGCGACUUACCAGAACCUAGGUAUCAUACUAUGGACAGGGACAAUACUUCUGUCAUGUCUAAAGUAACUGCUACUUUAGGUCGCAAUUUUAUAAGGAGUAAAGAAUUUCAAGAAGCACAGUUGAUCGGCAUGGAUCCGGAAGCAUUUAUGAAGCAGAAACCACGUUCGAUUAGGCACAAACUUGUUUCACUUACUCUUAAGCGUAAGAAUAAAUUGGGAGAAGACGUGAGAAGAAAAUUACAGGAAGAUGAAUUCACGGCGGAUAGCUACCAAUCUUGGCUUGAGGCUAGACCGACGUCCAAUCUUGAGAAAUUGCAUUUUAUAAUAGGUCAUGGAAUUUUGAGAGCUGAAUUAAGAGAUGAAAUAUAUUGUCAGAUCUGCAAACAAUUAUCAAAAAAUCCCUCUAAAUCGUCACAUGCACGUGGUUGGAUUCUCCUCUCGCUAUGUGUUGGUUGCUUUGCGCCUUCAGAAAAAUUCGUCAACUAUCUUCGAGCAUUCAUAAGAGAAGGCCCACCUGGCUAUGCUCCAUAUUGUGACGAUAGAUUAAAGAGAACAUUCAACAAUGGAACUAGAAAUCAGCCUCCCAGUUGGUUAGAACUCCAAGCCACGAAAUCGAAAAAACCAAUCAUGCUCCCCAUCACGUUUAUGGAUGGAAAUACUAAAACAUUAUUAGCCGACUCCGCAACUACUGCCAGGGAAUUGUGCAAUCAACUCUCGGAUAAGAUAUCGCUAAGAGAUCAAUUCGGAUUUUCUCUUUACAUAGCUCUUUUCGAUAAGGUGUCAUCUUUAGGAAGCGGAGGUGAUCAUGUAAUGGAUGCUAUAUCUCAAUGCGAACAAUAUGCCAAAGAACAAGGAGCUCAAGAAAGGAAUGCACCUUGGAGGCUAUUUUUUCGAAAAGAAAUAUUUGCACCUUGGCAUGAACCAACGGAGGAUCAAGUUGCUACAAAUUUAAUUUACCAACAAGUAGUGAGGGGAGUUAAAUUUGGAGAAUAUAGAUGCGAUAAAGAAGAAGACUUGGCAAUGAUUGCAGCUCAACAAUACUAUAUAGAGUAUCAUACUGACAUGAACGUAGAUAGGUUGUUUACACUUUUGCCAAACUAUAUUCCAGAUUAUUGUCUGACCGGCAUUGAGAAAGCUAUUGAUAGAUGGGGACAUCUUGUAUUACAAGCUUAUAAAAAAAGUUAUUAUUUAAAAGAAAAGGUACCUGCUUUACGAGUUAAGGAAGAUAUAGUAGGUUAUGCAAAAUUCAAGUGGCCUUUGCUGUUUUCUCGUUUUUACGAAGCAUAUAGAAAUUCAGGUCCAAAUUUACCUAAGAAUGAUGUUAUUAUUGCUGUUAAUUGGACUGGAGUAUACGUCGUUGACGAUCAAGAACAGGUUCUUCUAGAAUUAUCUUUUCCUGAGAUAACCAGCGUAUCUAGUCAAAAAACCAACAAAAUAUUUACACAAACCUUCAGCCUGUCGACCGUGCGAGGAGAAGAAUUUAUGUUUCAAAGUCCUAAUGCUGAGGACAUACGUGACUUAGUAGUAUAUUUUUUGGAAGGAUUGAAGAAACGUAGUAAAUUUGUUAUUGCAUUACAAGACUGCAAAGCACCCGGUGAAGGGUCUUCUUUUUUAAACUUUCAAAAAGGAGACUUAAUUACUUUGGAAGAUGAAAACACAGGAGAAACUGUACUUAAUUCUGGUUGGUGUAUUGGUCUAUGCGACAGAACUGGAGAGAAAGGAGAUUUUCCAGCAGAAACAGUUUAUGUUUUGCCUUCUCUUACCAAGCCACCAAAUGAUAUUCUGGCGCUAUUUAAUAUAGAAAGUUCAGAGAAUGGACGCAGACUAUAUCCUCAACAGAUUAAUGGAUUGGAAUCUCGUGAUAAGCCUCACACUCUAAUUGAAUAUGCAAUUGAUCACUUCCGAACGCCACCAAAAAAAUCAAUUUCAAAAGCAUUGACUUUAACAACUGCGAGGCGAGGUUAUACCGAUGAAUUAUGGAGACAUUCAAGGGAACAAAUAAAACAACCAUUGUUGAAGAAAUUAAUAUCGAAAGAAGAACUGGCAGAAGAAGCAUGUUAUGCUUUCACUGCAGUUUUAAAAUAUAUGGGAGAUUUGCCAACCAAAAGGCCCAGGAUUGGUAAUGAAUACACUGAUCAAAUUUUCGAUGGACCUUUAAAAAAUGAAAUUUUACGUGACGAAACUUAUUGUCAAAUCAUGAAACAGUUAACCAAUAAUCGAAAUAGAAUGAGUGAAGAACGUGGAUGGGAAUUAAUGUGGCUAGCUACAGGAUUGUUUACUUGCAGUCAAAGUUUAUUAAAGGAAUUAACAUUAUUUUUAAGAACAAGGAGGCAUCCUAUUUCACAAGAUUCAUUACAACGACUUCAGAAAACAUUGCGUAAUGGACAAAGAAAAUAUCCCCCUCAUCAAGUAGAAGUUGAAGCUAUUCAACAUAAAACAACACAAAUUUUCCACAAAGUAUAUUUUCCUGAUGACACUGAUGAGGCAUUUGAGGUCGAUUCUUCAACAAGAGCUAAGGAUUUCUGCCAGAACAUCGCUCAAAGAUUAAGCCUUCGAACGGCUGAAGGUUUCAGUCUUUUCGUUAAAAUUGCUGAUAAAGUAAUUUCCGUCCCUGAAGGUGAUUUCUUCUUCGAUUUUGUCCGACACUUAACUGACUGGAUAAGAAAAGCUCGUCCAUCAAGAGAUGGUACAUCUCCUCAAUUCACAUAUCAAGUAUUUUUCAUGAAAAAACUUUGGACAAAUACUGUUCCUGGUAAAGACAGAAAUGCUGAUUUAAUAUUCCACUUUCAUCAAGAACUUCCAAAAUUACUCAGAGGAUACCAUAAAUGCACUAAAGAAGAAGCGUCCAGAUUAGCAGCACUGGUUUACAGAGUACGAUAUGGUGAAAGUAAACAAGAGCUACAGGCAAUUCCUCAAAUGCUGCGCGAAUUAACACCUGGCGAUUUAAUAAAAGUUCAAAACGCCAAUGAAUGGAAAAGGUCAAUAGUAGCUGCCUACAAUCAAGAUGCUGGUAUGAGCCCAGAAGAUGCUAAAAUAACAUUUCUAAAAAUUGUAUAUAGAUGGCCAACGUUUGGAUCAGCUUUUUUUGAAGUAAAGCAAAGUACAGAAUCACAAUAUCCAGAACUCCUACUAAUUGCUAUCAAUAAACAUGGAGUUAGUCUUAUUCAUCCCCAAUCAAAGGAUAUCUUAAUAACUCAUCCGUUUACUAGAAUUUCCAACUGGUCUUCAGGAAACACAUAUUUUCAUAUGACAAUAGGAAACUUAGUGCGAGGUACUAAACUUUUGUGUGAAACUUCGCUGGGUUACAAAAUGGAUGAUCUUUUAACUUCGUACAUAUCAUUAAUGCUUACAAACAUGAACAAACAACGUACAAUAAGGAUAAAAUAACUUAUCAGUAAGACAAUGUUAUAUAAGAUAUAGCAUAAUCAAAUAAUAUUUAUGACAUUAGCCUUUGUUUCUAGAGUUUAUUCUUAAUACUGAAAUUUACCUGAAUUAUAAUUGUGACGACGACUAAUGAAGGUUCAGAAAUUCAAUAGUUAACAUUAAUUACAAAUUGAUAAAUAAUUGAAAUUUUAAUUCAAAUUAGUUACAUUAUUAAUGUGGUUGAGUGGUAUACUAAAUGAUAAUAAUUAGUAACAAUCAAAAGUAUAAUAUUUAAUAAACAAAGUCUCUUAAAGCGUUAAUAAGCGCUUACUUGUUAUCAGUUCUUUAAAUUAAGUUUUUUUAAUUAAUUAAAUAAGUCAAAAUUUAUAUGGAUAUUGUAUGAAAAAUUAAUAUUUAACAAAUUAAAUAUUCAUUUUUGUGUAACUAAAUUUACUGAACUGACAAAAAAAUAUAUUUUUAAUGUAUAUGACCGUUCUUGUUUCGUAAGUUUGCGAAAAAGACCAAUGUAAUCGUCCGACUAAUCUACACUGAAAAUUUUUUUAAAUAAAUUUGAUUACUUUUUAAAUA